CAUCAUGUUCAUUUGGCAAGACCGAUAUUUCGUGUUUCUUCUGUUUGUAAUACGGGAAUUUAAUUAUAUAAUCGGAGGUGUAAUUGUUCAAGUUUAUAGUUAUCGCGAUUCAGGAGUAUUACGUAUUUUAGGAGGUGAAUAUACAACAAUUGAAGAGAACCCAUUUGUGGUGCAAGUGGAAUUCGAUGGAGUACAAGUUUGCGGUGGAUCGAUACUUACAGAAACAAUUAUUUUAACUGCAGCACAUUGUUCGAUUGUACAAAGAACGUAUUUUGUUCGAGCUGGUACAACGUUUCGAGAAAAAGGUGGCAUAAUAAUACCCGUAAAAGAAAUUGUAGUUCAUCAUUUGUUCGAUCGAUCCAAACAUACAACCUUUGAUUUUGAUGUUGCAUUACUAAAGCUGGCAAACCCACUUCCAUUUUCUGACAGAAUUCAGAUAAUAGAAUUAGCAACGGAGCUUGAUCGAAUAAUUGCAAAUAAUUUCGGUUUCGCAAUUGGAUGGGGUAAAUCGAAGUUAAAUGAAAACAUUCUACAGCAUGUCAAACUUCCGAUUUUACCACAAGAUCAAUGUUUCCAUACAUACAGUCAGGAUCCAUACCAUUCGAAAUUCCAUAAUAUAACAGAUCGAAUGUUUUGCGCUUCAUAUUUAGAUACACAAGGACGGGACACAUGUCAAGGUGAUUCUGGUGGACCAUUUAUAGUGAAUUAUAAAUUAUAUGGUAUUGUAUCAUGGGGUGAUAAGUGUGGAGAACCAUCUUUACCUGGUGUAUAUGUGCGAUUAACUGAUUGGGAUAUUCGUGAAUGGAUAUUUAUCAAUGUUGAAAAGUUAAUGGAAUCGAAUUAA